AUGGAAAUGGUGCUUUCCAGGCGUCACGUUGGCGUGCAGACGGCUGUGCCGAGCCGAGAGUACAUCGGGCCGCAGGCUCGCGCCUCUCAAGCUCCGGAGUUCUUCAAACAGGGCUGGCUGCACAGGCCCAAGACGGUCGCCACGCUAUGCACUUCGCUGGCGCUUAUUUUUAUUGCCGCGCAGUUCGUCACGUCUGGCUCGGAAGCUGGAAACUUGAGAUACCGGAUUGCCAGCGGCAUCAUCGCAGCGGUGUCGAUGUUCCUUGUCUUCGCGACGCUGCAGCUGCCAGACGGUCUGCUGGUGCGACCCUCGCCGAUUUUUUGGCGGUUCGUCAAAGGCUGCUCCGUCCUCUACCUCGUGCUGCUCGUCUUUCUUCUCUUCCAGGACUUGGACGAUGUGCGCCGCGGCCUGCACUACAUCGACCCAGCACUGGGGAAGCCUCUGCCUGAGAAGAGCUACGCACAAAACUGCCACAGCUUCAGCACACUCGCGGAUUCCAUGGACGUCUUCGUUUUGGCGCACUUUUUCGGCUGGAUGGUGAAGGCGCUGAUCAUCCGCGACGCGCGGCUGCUGUGGAUUCUUUCUCUGCUCUUCGAGUGGAUGGAAAUAUCCCUCAGGCACAUUCUCCCGAACUUCUGGGAGUGUUGGUGGGAUCACCUGAUUCUUGACGUGUUCGGGUGCAAUUUGCUCGGACUGUACCUGGGCCUGCGCCUCUGCCGCUGGCUGCAAAUGAAGGAGUACGUGUGGGAUAGCUCUGAGGAGCAAGGCGACGCUUCUGCGCUGCCUUCGCCGUCCGCGCCGUCCUCUCCGCGCAUCGCGCCGACGGAGCCCUCGGCUGCGCUGCUUCCGCGCGGGGCUCGCGGCGGGCUGGAUCAGCCCUCGGCGGCGCACGCCGAGGCGCCCGAGGCGAGGCAGAAGAAAGAGGUGAAAACCAUGCGGCGGAAAACCUGCGACGCCGUUCCGGGCUCCCUCAGGGAGCUCGCGCCCUACGAGUGGACUGGAUACCGCUGGCCGCAGCUCUUCUCGAGUGCCUCGACGUUCGUUAGUCUGCUGCUUUUUUGCGUGGCGGUCACGAUGCUCGAUCUGAAUGUCUUUUUCCUCAAAGCCGAGCUCUGGAUGCAGCCCGCGCACUGGCUCAUUCUCCUGCGCAUCACGCUGUGGACGUUCAUGGCCGCGGCAGGCACGCGGGAAUACUACGAGUUCAUCACUGAUGUGAAUUGCAAGCGGAUGGGCGUUCAGUGUUGGAUCGACUUGGCAGUCGUGAGCACCGAGGCGCUUCUCUCCAUCAAAUGGUUCCACGGCCUCGAGCCGCACGACCCUUGCCCGCAGUGGAUUAUCUGGGCGUGGAUUGCCUUGGCCUGCGCCCUGGGGACGGUGAUUGUCUGGCUGCUGCUGUGCCGUCCGCGCCGGCCGUGCCUGAAGAAGCUCUCCAGUGUCUCGCUCAGCUACGAGAGGCUGCCAGGCACUUCGGCGGAAAAUGAAGCGCAGACGUCCUCAGUACCCGACGCGAAAGAGGAGUAG